UAAUCUACAUCCAUCGGACUUUGAGAUUCCCGCAAUUACCAUAUGAACGGUGAUAUUACCUUCGUUCUGCGCCUCCCUUCCAUCGCGCUUCAAGUUCGCCCGGACACUCAUCGGAAGCAUCAAGACGCUCGCUCGACCCCAUCAACGAAAAGAUUCUUUAGGAAAGGCAGAGGAUUUUUUUUCCUGAAGUUAGUGCACCCAUGAACUCAAGAAGGGAUUAUCACAGCAACAGAACUGCUCUUUUUGAUAGCAUUGAAGAAGGUGGGGUUCGAGCUUCAGCAUACUCAUCUCAUGAAAUUGAUGAGCAUGACAAUGAUCUUGCUAUGGAAGGGCUGCAAGAUAGAGUCAACAUUCUGAAGAGAUUGACAGGUGACAUACAUGGUGAGGUUGAGAGUCACAAUCGAAUGCUUGAUCGUAUGGGCAAUGAUAUGGAUUCAUCAAGGGGCAUCCUGUCUGGAACAAUGGAUCGCUUCAAGAUGGUUUUUGAGACGAAGUCGAGUCGUAGAAUGGCUACCCUGGUGGCAUCUUUUGUGGCCCUCUUCUUGCUCGUUUAUUUCUUGACCAAAUGGGUGGCACCUGAGUUGAGCGGUCAGUUGCUACCAGUCGGUCUCUUAAACUUGGUCAUCCAGCAGUGGUGCUUUAAUAAACCAUAAGAAAUGGUAAGGUGUCGAUUAUA